GCUCCCGGUAUUCUUUCUCAUUGACGACCGACUUGACUUGCAUCGCAACAUUCGACAGUCAUCUUCCCUCCUCCGUAUUGCUGGGAGAGCGGGAUAGCAUCAAAGUUAUUACUUCAACCGCCUCCAUCGUUGUCGCCGCAGCCGCUGCUGUGUUUUAUUUCGUGAGGCUCGAUACCACCGGGUAUCGCCGACCUCCGUUUUCCAGAGUUCUCGAGUCCACCGCGAAGUGGGAGGUAAGCCAAAAAUUUCUUUUUCUUCUGGUUUCCUUGCCUACACUUGAAUAUCUAUCGCCAAAAAAAAUCAAAAAUCAAAGAUCCAAUCACCGUGUACAUCGCCGUGCGCUCGUUCCCUUCGCAUCCAGCCAGCCUCGUUCUCCUGUCUGCCACUUCACCUUUCACGCCCGGUCCCAUCAUGUACACAUAUGCUCUUGAGAUUGCACUCCGCCAGGAGUUGAAUCAUCUGUGCACGGCCGCGUACCUUUCUGUGUGCUGUCACCCGCUGUGUCGACACUCAACGGCAGAUUCAACUCUUCGGCGUUUUGUCAGACAAAUUGUCCACCUGUUUGUCUCGCCCGUGACCCAGCUUCCUUGGCGGCUGGUUGCUUCUCGGGAAGCGCCCGGCGAACCAUAACCCCGCAUAGUCAGCUGUCUUUGAGUCUUUGACUCUAUGGCGCCAUCUGCCUUUACGCCCUGAUUUGCAUUCCUCUUAUCUCCUGGUGACUACGGCUGUUCGGCUACCUCCAACCACAAAUUCAUUCAACUGUUCAUAUGCGAAUAUCGCCUGGCUUCAGAACGUCCAUCAACUGGAUUGCAGAGAAGCACAAAAACCGAAUACAGCCGAUCGACCGACAAGGCAACCAAUCUGCACCCCCUCCAGUCUCUGAUCUUUGCAGGACUGCCGCAACGAUCACCCCUAUCGGCAUCGCAACGAAAAACCUAUCGCACCCCCAGGCCGCCACAAAACGGGUACUUGCCAACCUUUGACUAUGGCUGCAUAUGACAUACGCACACAGCCUUUGGCACCUCUACAGUGACCAAUGACGAAUCCCACCUGAUUACACUUCACAUAUCCCUGCACACUGCGUUGAAGACAUCCCUAUUUUGUUAUAAUCCACCCACGGAACAGGCACCAUUGUGCCCGUUCAUAAGCCUAGGUCUACUAUUUGACCAGAUAGCUGACUUGUGAUAUUGAAGCAGGAGUACGGUACAGGCCCUACUUACCUCCAGUCAGUGCCUCGAGAAUCGCCGUAUCUCGCCGGCUUUUUUCGGAACAUCAACGAAACCCAUAAUAUCCUACCGCGCUCGAUGGAUCCGUAAAUCAAGCGCGCUACCGGGAAACAAAAAUGGAUUCGGAAGACGGGGAGUUGUUCAUCAAGCAACUGGCUACAUUUGUGCGUACGCACGAGAAAGCGUUAGCCAACGCUCUGCAAUUCAGGCGCCAAAAUCUCCCAAGGCAUGGUUCAUCACAGAGCGUCUCGUCGAUUUCGACGAGCAACAUUGCCACGUCUCCGACAGCCAUGGAACGACCCGCCACAUCUUCCUCCGCCUCAAGUACCCUCGCCGCCGCUCUGUCGUUAGGCACCUUGAGUUUUACCUCGGCCUCUGUCAAGUCAGCAAAGCUGGCAUUGACUUCACAUCACCUUUUUUACCUCCUCUCGCGUUUUGAAGAGCUGGGCAUACCUGUUGGACCAAUGAAGGUCCGCCUUGAAAACCUUCACGACAAUUCUUCUUCGGCCAACUACGUCUCAUUCCUCAGCCAGUCUCAGCGAACUAAGAGCCGUGAGUCUGAUGUGGGAUCUAUACGCUCCGUGUCUAGCAUCCGGAGCGUCAUGUCCGGCAUGUCGGCUUUGUGGGCAAGUUUUGGAAUUGGCAGCGGCGUGUCUGCAGCCCGUACAGAAAGGCAAAAGGCUGCCAUACAGGCCGAUUUGAAAUACUUGUAUUCGGCUUUCACCAAAAUCCCUUGCCUGAAGCUCGCUCCUGACUGGAGAGCACGUUUGAUUAGGGGCUACGAGGAGUUUCCCUUUGACUCGGCCGUCCCGCUUUACGUGUUCAAGAAUGUACAGGCUCUUGAGGUGUGCGAUAUGGACUUUCGACACUUCUUUGGGUGGGACAGGAUGGCCGAUCAGCUGCGAUCGCUGACACUCAAGCGUGCAAGCAUCGAUGAUCCCGCCGAUAUUUUAAUUGAUAUUGUCCUCGAUGACAUGGAUAAACGUCGAAGGCGAUCUUCAAAGACGCAAGCCUCGCCCACAACGCCCUGGGGAGCCGGCGCUUCCAGCCCCCGACGAACCCCUGCCGCUGAACACAAUGAAUCACAUAAUUCCACUUCGGCGCCUGGCUCCCCCCAGCCAAGGUAUUCCACCGGAGACCUACAAAUCGGCUCUCUGAACAGCGAGGCAAGCAUGGGUGGCAAAGACGAUACAUCAGACGACAGCAGACGGCCUUCACUCGUCAGAGCUGACAGUGGUGAACCUUCUACAUCGCCGUCGAAAUCAUCACGGCCGAGAAGCCACUCGCCAAGAAGGCCCACGAGCUCGAGGAACUCGACCUCUCACGUCCGCACUUCCCACAAGAUCCGUCGUUCGGGCUCUGGAAGUUCCCACUCAAGUCUCUCGGACUCAUGGCACGGCCAUCACCGAGGAGGGAGCACCUCGAACCUGCUAUCUGUGGGAAUUUUGCCAGCAUCGAAAUGGCGAUUUUUGAAGCAUUUGAGCCUCGCCGACAAUUCGCUCACUUGCAUUUCUGCCACCAGCCUGGCCCCCUUGUCCAACACGCUUCAUUCACUCGACCUGUCAGCCAACCUCUUCACCCAGAUACCCGACAGUUUAGCCACUCUGACAGCAUUACGAGCUCUCAACCUCUCCCACUGCAUGAUAGACUCACUGCACUCCCUUUUGAGGAAUCCUUUGCCGGCCAUCACUGCUCUCAACCUUCGUGCCAACAGGCUUCAGUCAAUCGCCGCUAUUGAAAAGCUGUAUCCUUUGGAGCGAUUGGAUCUCAGGGACAAUAAGUUGACUGACCCCAUGGAACUCGCUCGGCUGACCAACAUCCCCGACUUGCGGGAGGUGUAUGUCGAGGGAAACCCAUUCACUCGAACCCACAAGGACUACCGUGUCACCAUCUUCAAUCUAUUCCGCCAGACCCCAGGCUACACUGAGGAUAUCACCAUCGAUUCCACAGGACCCACCUAUGCAGAAAAGAAGCAGCUGGUUGAUCGUGUUCCCCUUCCGCCUGCGGUUCCUGUUGUCAAGCCCCGCGCCUCUGAAAUACCCGCAGUCGAUGUCCUGAAGCCGGCUAUCAUCUAUGAGACGCCAAAGGAAGCAUCCGUGCUACGUAAGGAGCGGCCACGGCCCAAGGCAACGGCCAGCGAAAUCAACACGAAUUCGACCCGCCGCAGACGAGCCCCGAAGAGGCGCAUCGUAGACUUGGCCACAAAGGAAUCUUUGGCUGCGAACGGACAGCCUACCGAGUUUACAUCCCAGCUAGUGAAGAGUUCUCAGGGUCGUGUUAUCUACAAGGAGGACAACUACCGCAUUUCACAAACGGCAGAUUCACAGUCGCCACAAUUGAGUGCGCCUGUAUCAAUCACCAAGGUACCAGCCACAACCCAAGAGGUACCACGCAUUAAUACCGGCAUCCUCAAGACGGAUGCUGCGAAGCAACCCGUUGUCGUCGCCUCACACGAGCCAGAACCCUCGUGGGAGGCCUCGCCUCCUGUCGACUGGGAUGCAGGUGGCGAAGUCUAUAGGCGUAAAAUCGAAGAGCUGCGCGACAAGGUCGGCCAGGGCUACCUGAGCGUACUCAGCGAGGAGGGCUGGGAUACAUCACGGCACCUCCAAUCACACUUCCAAGAUGUGCAAUUCGGGGCACCGAGUCCUGCCAUGCGCCAGGAUCCGACAGCGCCCCGGGUUGUUCAGCCUAUACACGCCGGGCGCACACUUGGUUGAUCUAUCUCAUCAUACCAUAAUCUCAAUCACCUACAAAUCUCUCUUCUACGAUAUCCCUAUCCACAGAUUUGGAACUGAGCCUCGUCUGAUCCGCUCCUCACACUCCUCCAUAUGACUUUUUACUCUUUUUUUUCACUUUCAUUUCGGCUGUUUUACUUAUUUUUAUCAAUUUGCAUUGUUCAGCAUAGCGUAUAGGCGUUUGGUAUGGGAAGCGGUUAUUUGAUUUAAAUGAUACAAGAUUUUCGGGCUUGUCUUUGUUCGAGAUACUCCUCUCAUUGUUCGGAUUGUUACCUGGUUAUAUUUGAAAACUUGGCCCAAGUGCCUGUUGAUGACAUCGGCGGACAGUUUUUUUCAGCUAGAAAAUAUGAAGUUGCCGGCUUUUUGUUGACAAGGAUUUCAAACAUUCAAGAACCGCGUAUGAAAUGCAUCUUUUUAAUACACAACUCUUGUG